UGGAAACGUGUCUGCCCGUGAUACUCCUAGUCCAGGACUCCAGGGGCCUACACAGGCUAUCACGUAACCCGACCUCGAGAAUCUAGAUUGAUGGCCAGGAAAAAUCGCAAUUAUCUGAGAAAAACGGGGAAAAGGGGAGGGGAAAGGCGGACGUGCGAAAGAGGAAAGGACGAGAGGAAGCGUCAUGGCUCCGGCCUCUCACCUCUCUCUUCCUCAGCUACAUCUUCUCUUUCGAGCUGCCCCUUCCGGAUAUCGUCCCACAGGGCACAGGAAUCAAAAGCUAUAUGCCAAGCCACAUGGUUGUCGAUUUCAAUGCUGCUUGGAGAAAGAUGGUUGUACAAGUUCUGAGAAAAUUCAACCAGGAGAGGACAUUGGGAAGAAGGAGCUUACAGGGCCAACCUCUCGGAGAUUUUUUGUGGCCACCACAUGUUCAGCUGUAGCAUUUCCUAGCUUGACUUGUUCCUGUGGAGCAACAUCUAAUGACAUUGAAGUUGAGGCGAUGGCUGGACCACCUGGAAUGGAGAAGCCUGUAUGUCGUAAUUGUAGAGGCACUGGUUCUAUAAUCUGUGACAUGUGCGGUGGCACAGGAAAAUGGAAAGCACUUAAUAGAAAACGUGCAAAAGAUGUUUAUGAGUUCACAGAAUGCCCUAACUGCUAUGGCCGUGGGAUACUAGUAUGUCCUGUUUGUCUUGGAACUGGUUUGGCAAACAACAAAGGUCUUUUGAGAAGGCCAGAAGCGCGUAAACUGUUGGACAAAAUGUACAACGGAAGGCUUCUUCCAGGUUCUUAGGGUACUUCUUAAAGUAAUGAAUGGUAGGCUGUCCUCAUCCAUCUUCAUGUCUCGACGGUGCCCAAGUGAAUGGCGACGAGAGUGUUUGGUGCCAUGACAUUACGCUAUUGAUGGCUCAGAAGAUUGUCAUCUUGGCCUCGCUUGAAAAUGCUUGGAGGAUGACAUGAUCUUCCAAAACUUUUGUCAAAUCGAUGAUUCAAUUGUAGAUGCCAUUUGGCUGUAAAGUCUCAAUUUUCAUUGUGCCAGCAAUAUUGCACUAGUGAUCUGUAAGAUUUUGUUGCUAAAGGUUCGGAGUAAAUGUAAUAAUCUAAUUAUUUUUUUCCUUUA